AUGAACACAUAUCUUAAAGCCGAGCUUCUGAAGACCUUUGUCCCUGCUCAGAAAUCUAGGGGAAGGCAGGACUAUAAAAGAAGACUCACUGUCUCUUACUGCCUGUCAGGGAUGCAGAAGAAGAAGAAGACUGCUGCCAUGGAAGUGCUCUGGAUUCUGCUGAUGCUGAAUCUGCUCCAGCCCUUGGCAAAGGCAUCAUCAGACACCACCGAUGACCUGUUUACCUAUGAGGAUCUGAUGAGCUGUGUGGAAGAGGCAAAAGAGAUGGUGGAUGCAGCCUAUGAGAGCAGCCAAAAGAGAGCUCACAAUGCCCUGGAGAGUGGCAAGGCCACCCCUUUCAAUUUCAUGAAAUACCUCAAAGAACCCAGAGGAGGAACCAAGGCAGCCACACAAGUAGCUGAUUACACAGAACUCACCCUGCAGAUCCUGAAGGAGAAAGCGUGGCCCACUCUGGGGGACGUGAAUAUCACAGAUAUAUUAAGUCCCCUGCAGAAGGAACAGAUUGCUCGAGCCACGGGCUGUGUCUCCUACACACAUACUACAGAAUGUCCAGAGAUGAGCCCUUAUCGGACCAUCAGUGGGAAGUGCAACAACCGGAUGUAUCCGAACAGAGGAGCCUCCAAUCAAGGCUUUGCUCGUUGGCUCCCAGCUGAGUAUGAAGAUGGGAUAUCUCUUCCGAAGGGGGCUACUGCAGGAAAGCUUUUUAAUGGAUUCCCUCUCCCGCUGGUACGACAAGUGUCCAAUGAGCUGGCACACGUUUCCAAUGACAACAUCACUCAUGACCAGAACCUCUCAGUCAUCUUCAUGCAGUGGGGACAGUGGGUGGAUCAUGACUUGGACUUUUCCCCGUCCAGCCAUACCAACCCCAAAAAACAAGUUCCAUGUGGCUCUACCAACUGUGAUUUUGACUCCCCCUGCUUCCCUAUUAAGUUUCCUCCCAAUGAUCCCAGGAUCACCACCAGAGGCAUCUGUAUGCCGUUCACCCGCACAUCCUCCGCCUGCAACCCCGACUCCUUCGUCCGGGAGCAGAUCAAUGGCAUCACCUCGUUCUUGGAUGCCAAUAUGGUGUAUGGCAGUGAGGAUGGCCUGGCCAACUUGCUUCGCAAUAAGAGCAGUGACAUGGGCCUCUUGGCUGUCAAUGAGGAGUUCCAGGAUGAAGGACUUGCCUUCUUGCCUUUUGAGACUUCAACUCCAAACCCUUGUUGGCUUACCAACAAGGAGGCCAACAUCUCUUGUUUCAGAGCUGGGGACUCAAGGGCAAAUGAGAACUUGGGCAUCAUGGUGUUCCACACUAUCUUCCUUCGGGAGCAUAAUCGCCUUGUCUCAGAACUUAAGGAGCUGAACCCACAUUGGGAUGGGGAAGUGUUGUACCAGGAGGCUCGGAAAAUCAUCGGGGCCGUGAUUCAGAUCAUCAACUUCAGAGACUAUUUGCCUUUAGUCCUAGGAAAUGAGAAAGAGCAAUAUAUCCCUCCCUACACAGGCUACAAUGAGUCUGUGGACCCCUCAGUGGCAAAUAUUUUCUCGUUGGCUUUCCGAUUUGGACACAGCACCAUUCCAUCCUUCAUGUCCCGCUUGAAUGAAAAGUUCCAGCCAAAUGGUCCAAACUCAAUUAUCCCUCUCCACCUUACUUUCUUUGCUACCUGGAGGAUUAUCUUGGAAGGAGGCAUUGAUCCAGUUCUCCGAGGACUACUCAUCAACCCAUCCAAGUUGUUGAAGCAGAAUGCAAUCCUGAAUGAAGAAGUCCAAGAGCGGCUGUUUAAACAGACUGAGGUCAUGGGCUUAGAUCUGGCUGCUAUCAAUAUGCAAAGAGGAAGAGAUCAUGGCAUCCCAGGGUACAAUGCUUGGAGACGGUUUUGUGGUCUCUCAGAGCCCCAGACCGUAGAGGAACUUGGAGAUGUUCUCCAGAAUAUAGAAUUGGCUGAGAAAUUACUGGCCCUGUAUGGGACAGCAGACAACAUUGACCUGUGGAUUGGGGGUCUGACUGAGCCUUUUGUUCCUGAUGGAAGAGUGGGACCUCUCCUUUCCUGUCUGAUUGGCCGACAGUUUCAGCAGACUCGAGAUGGGGACAGGUUUUGGUGGGAGAAUCCGGGGGUUUUCACAGAAGAGCAGGUAGAAUCCUUGAAAAAUGUUUCCUUGUCUCUCUUGUUCUGUCACAACACCCACCUUUCUGAAGUCCCCAUGGAUGUGUUUAAAGUCAACAACUAUCCUGAAGACUUUAUAAAUUGUGCAGAGUUUGGAAAGCUUGAUUUGUCUCCCUGGAAAGUCCCAAUCGAAUAGAAAGGGCAUCUUAGGAGUUUUCUUCAGCAGCAGGAUCCUGGCAUCUCUUUGGAUAAGUGAUGGAGGCCAAGAGGCAAGGAAAACUCAGGGCUCUUCUGGCCCAGAACCCAGCAGAUGCUCCC